GAUCACACAGCCACCAGAGAUGCAGAUGGUUGUCAUGGAUUCCUCGGGUCCAUUAGUUCCGAGCAGUAUCGGAUCUACAACAAACAAGCACCAUGCAGUUGAUGACAUCGUUCAACCAUCAGCUUGCUCCCUAGUUAUAUCAUACGACAUCACCAAUGUCCGUACGAUAAAAGUUGCCACAGGUUUUGCAAUCCCUGGCCGCGAGUUUCACGGCAGUCCAAUUCCUAAUGACUACGCCAGGGUUGAAGUGUUGACAGUCGUGGAAGGACAUGAGGACGACUUGCUAGACAUCCCCACUACAGAGGGUAUUGAGAAACUUGGACAAGCUAUCAACAAUUUCAUCUUAUGGCCUCGACGGGACAUCAGGUUGGACAAUCCUGUUCCACCAAUCCCAACUUCCAUACUUGAUGAGAGAGGGUUCUCGCAUGCGUGUUCCUCCCCACCAUUACAGAACCAUCCAUCUUCUAUAGACGCCGCAAUCCUGACACCUAACCCAUCCUUUAUUAAGGACAUACCAUCUCAAAACACGUUACCAGCACCAGAACCUAACCAGCCACAAUCAUUUAGUCUCAACCUUACCUCAGAUCCUCUAUCUGGCCCACUAACACCAUUGCCAACAGAAAAUUCAGCACUCCCUAGCCGGAAGGAUGCCUCGUCGGUACCUAUGGGCGCUGAGGGUAAAGUAGCCUCUGUGCCAAGUAUGGUUCUGGACUGUAGUGAUAAGCAAUCACCACUGAUUAUGAAGAAGUGGUUAAAUGGAGCUACAAGGAGACCAGUAAUAGAACAAGCUGCCUCCACCUCGAAAAAGACUAAGCAGAAGCCAACAAAGAACGAUUAUGAGAAUUUCCCCAAAAAAUAUGUGCCUGGUAGGCCUCUACUCCAGUUGAAUGAUCUCAACUGUGCUUCACAUUGGAUGAAGAGGCUGCAUGGUUGGUAUAUGAGAGCAUCUUCGGUUGAGAUCAAUACCUUCAACGUAGUUGUACCACCAGCACUUACAUUUGUGGCUUAUCCAUUCAAGAUCCCACUUGACUUCGAGGACAUUUGGUAUAUGUUUCGCCUCGACAAACUCGAACUACAGCUCAUGAGGAUGUGGUGCCUAAUGCAAAUAACCGACCAGGAGAUGAAGUUUACUGAGAACCCAUUUCUUCACAGGGGGAAAAAGGUUGGGUAUCUAGACCCGUUUAGAAUAAGCGAGGUUGCACACACAGCGGUUAUGGGUCCUGAGAACGACCUAUUUGUGGGCAAGACUGAGGUUGAAAUAUCCCAAAUUAGAGUGGAGGAGCAAGAGAAGCAGGAACAUGCAGUGAUCGCCUACAUAUCAAAUAACUUUCUUGAAUUCCAAGACAGGAGAGUUGUAUGUGCACCAUACUUCCUCAGUAAGCAAACGCAUUGGGUUUGUAUGCACAUUUAUCUUUAUGAUGCACGGGUUUUGGUCCUUGACUCUGCAGAUUUCCCAGAGAAAAGCUUUGAAAAAAUCAGCUAUAUUUUAAAUGAGGCUUAUAAGUCAUAUAAGUCGAAUGGUGGGCCGCAUGAUCCACAAAAAACAAAUAAACCGCUACACAUGCGGUAUGGAUAUCAGCCAUGCUGUAGAGGAAAUUAUACCUUUGCUUUUGCACGGGUUUUGGUCCUUGACUCUGCAGAUUUCCCAGAGAAAAGCUUUGAAAAAAUCAGCUAUAUUUUAAAUGAGGCUUAUAAGUCAUAUAAGUCGAAUGGUGGGCCGCAUGAUCCACAAAAAACAAAUAAACCGCUACACAUGCGGUAUGGAUAUCAGUUGAUGAGGCAUGACUGAUUUUUUUGAAAGAAGUAGCCAUGCUGUAGAGGAAAUUAUACCUUUGCUUUUGGAUCUGUAUGAUAGGGAAAACAGUGUUUCGAAAAAUGUGCACCUCCUGCAGCCUAAAUGAAAAAAUGUUACAAUAUAAAAUAAUAAGAUUAGUUGGCUCACCUCGAUUUUUAUUUUAUCAUGUGAGAACUAAGGAGCUGAAGCUAGGAUUAAAUUCCUUAGACAUAUGAGGCAUUUCAGGUAGAAAAUGUGCAAAUUGCUUCACUGACGUAGUGCUGCUAGUGGAGAUCUUUGGUCUGGUCUGAAACUCUGAAUUCCUUAAUCAUUUUGAGAGCUUUGAGUAUCUGGCUGCAUAUUAAUCAUUGUGUUUUAAAUGGGGCAUAUAAAUGAUUGCUUCACUGAUACUUGCAUUGCAUGAUGCUGCAUCAAAGCCAUAGCCACUGUUGUCCAGAACUAGUUUUAUCCAAUUCCACUUCUCGAUUUGCCUGAAAUGGCGGCUAGUGGAGAUCUUUGGUCAGGUCUGAAACUCUGAAUUCCUUAAUCACUUUGAGAGCUUUUGAGUAUCUGGCUGCAUAUAAAUCAGUGUGUUUUUAAUGGAGCAUAGAUCGAUUGCUUCACUAAUACUUGCAUUGCAUGAUGCUGCAAAGCCAUAGCCACUGUUGUCCAGAACUAGUUUUAUCCAAUUCCACUUCUCGAUUUGCCUGAAAUGGCGAUCAACUUGGUGUGUGGUAUCUUCCAAUUCGAAAUCUAGCAUUUAGAGCUUGGGCACACAUAUGGUGGUGUUGUUGCUUCCAUGCACCUAGAAGUUCUCCUUUAGGUAAUCAACACACCAUUGAAGCAUGAACUCAGUGCUUUCAUCAGUCCAUGUUUUUGAGGCGCCGCCCCACAAUUAACGCCUAGGCGUUUGUGGCGGACGCCAGGCGAUGCCAUAUAAACAUUGUAAGGCGCUGCGGCGAGCACAUACAUACCUUGUUUGUUGCCAAUUCUUGAGCCCAGGUUUCUUUUCCUUUCCAAAGGCUCUUCUACCAUGAAGCAUCCAUCCUCUUUAAGGAAACUGCAUAGAAAAUUACAUAAUUCAGUAAGCAAAAAAGUUAUUAGUUGUUGCUGAGAACUAAAUUGGAAACAAUACACAGGAGAUAAGGACCAAGGAUCAAGAUAACAAAUUAGCAAGUUUUAGUGCAUGCAUAAGCAUUACAAAUAACACCAUAGUUUUUGAAAACAAUUAAGAGUGGGGCUGAAGCUCUUAGCUAGGCAAUCUAGUACUCAGUUCCAAAACUCAAUAGAUAACACAAUGUCUUGCACUUGCUGACCUGCUGCAGUUUUACACAAGGUAUGCCAUCCAUUCUUUACUAAGAAACAAGCUCUUCAAGGCAUAUUUGUUCUGGUACAAACUCCUCAGUGUGAGAAAUGAUGUGGCAAAUCGAGUCUUCGCUGUCCUAACAAACCUGUUUGAGCCCUCAAUGCACUAAGAAGCCUCCUAUGCUUAUAAAUGAAUGUGGUGACACGCCUAGCACGUGCAAUAGGCUUCUUGAAUGCCUUCAAGUUCCCAAUUUCUUCCAACAUCAGAUCACCUUUGCUCACUGUAAAAUUUUGUACAAGGUGGAUGAAGAUCUUGAAUAUGAUCAGUAGCAAUUACAGUUUGUCGCAAUUCAAACCAAAUUAGCGCGCAAUUUUGGAGGUGCCCUGGUUCUGGUUGGGCAAAAUUUGGCUGUAAACCAAUCAGGUCCUUAGUUUUUCCUGUGCCUUCCCUUUUAGAAGCUUUUAAUUAAUCUGUAGUAUCCGUCUCAUAGUCCUGGGAAAAAGUUCAUAAGCAAAGCAGUACUAUACCUUUGCUCAUUGUAAAAUUUUGGACAAGGUGGAUGAAGAUCUUGAAUAUGAUCAGUAGCAAUUACAGUUUGUCGCAAUUGGCGUAUUGCUGAAGUCUCGAAUAUUGGCUCAAUAAAGAUGGAAAUUGGGCCAGGAUAAAGAUUAAUACUGUUUUGUUGGUUGAUCUUGUCCCUGUUGCCUGUAGUUCAAAUUUAUCACUCGAAACAUGCACUUGUUAAUAUUUUUCAGUUC